AUGGCAGCGACAAAUACCAGCUGGCAUGUCGGGGGCGCCCAGUCGUUCAAGUUCGUCUCGGACGUAUCGCAGGCUGUCCUUUCCCAGCAUGAAGGCAGCCACUCAUUCCUGGUAUUCGAACUCCUUGAGGGUUCACCCACGCGUAGCGUGUAUCUAAAUGCUUUCUUCUUCCCCGCGUAUGCGGCGGUUGCGUCUGCUAUUAUAGCAUUCGUGCACGGUCUGCUUUUACGCGUCAGGACCUCAAAGCUUCAUAGUACUGGCUCUGCUGGCGUCUUACAGACUGAUGAUUUAGCAGAAAAUAAUAUGUCAAUAGUAGGACGCCAGGGCAGCGUGGCCAUUCUUGCCUUUAAUGUCGCUCGAGCCCUCGCGUGCCUCGCUUUGUUGAGCAUGUCUCUGUACUCAAUUAUUACGAUGAAACCUGCGGAAACGUAUGAUAUCGGCUUAAGCACGAUCUGGCCUUACGUUGGGCUGUGCGGAACUUUCACGUACACUUUUGUAGUGGCGCUGAUAACUGUGUUGGCCAAACCCGCGACAACCGCAAUUGCUUGUCGUCAUCUCAAUGCUGUGUUAUUUACGGCUUGGGUGGUAUACGUGUAUCGCGAUGUGUGGCCCCUUGUAACGUUUACUCUGACACCCGUGGAUACUGGAGAAGGGCUUAUCCUGUGGGCCAAAGUCGUUACCCUCACUUUUGCAGCUGUGGUCGUCCCUUUACUGGUCCCGCGGCGUUAUGUUCCUGCUAAUUCUAUUGGUGCAUCAAUGGAGCCAGGUCCCGAACAGACCGCAUCUCUGCUAUCUGUGCUGCUGACCUCUUGGCUGGACAAGACCGUCAUUGAUGCCUAUCGACUUCCUCAUCUACCUGUUGACAGGUUUCCUCCGCUAGCUGAUUCAGAUCAUUCCCAAUUUGUUUCCGCGCAGGCAUCUAAGGAACUCGAUCCGUUUCAACUGACGAACAAGGGGAGAAAUAUAGGAUGGGGGCUGAUCCGGGUAUUCCCUUGGGAGAUCCUCGCCAUGACUCUUGCGAUCACGGCCAACGCGUUUACACAUUUAUUCAGCCCUCUGGCAAUUAAGAACCUGCUUUCAUUCAUGGAAACUAGAGGUGAAGGGGCUAUUGUGCGCCCGUGGAUUUGGGCAAUGUUAUUGUUUUUGGGUCCACUCUUGCGUGCUUUGACCUUCUCAAUGUACACGCUCCCCUGGAUAACUAUCACGACCCACACCGAAGCAAUUCUUACCCACCUGAUUUUUAAUCAUGCGUUACAUAUGCGGAUGAGGGCCGAAAUUUCGGAAACACAAACAACCGGGGACUCAGCGAAGGGAAAGCAGAAGUCGGGUAACACGUCGUCAGCUGACAAUAACUUGAAUAACGAGCAGAAGCAGAAGAAUGCUACUGGAAAGAUCAAUAAUCUCAUCACUUCAGAUCUUGGCGCUCUCAAGAUUGUGGAGGCUCUCUUACUGAUGAUAUGGGGGUUUCCUUUGCAAAUUAUUUUGAAUAUCUACUUCCUCUAUAUCAUUCUUGGAUGGAGUGCGUUUGCUGGGUUGGCGACCAUCGUUUUGCUAUUCCCCGUUCCUGGGAAGAUCGCAAGUUAUAUUGAAACUUGCCAGAAAGAGAAAAUGAAACAGACGGAUGCGCGAGUGCAGAAUGUAACAGAGUCUAUCACGGUCAUCCGCAUGAUCAAGAUGUUUGGAUGGGAAUCGAAAAUGAUGAAACAGGUGACCGAGAAAAGAGAGCUUGAGCUGAAGUGGCUCAAGAGAAGUCGCUUGUUGGGGCUUGUCAUUGUCAUACUAAACCGUGUCAUUCCUCUAAUCACUAUGAUCGUGACAUACUCCACUCAUACCAUAAUUUUUAAGCGAGAGCUCACAGCGUCCGCCAUAUUCUCGUCCAUAGCGGUUUUCGAAAUGACCAGCAUUCAGAUGCAAACGAUAUUCGCCGUGGUGCCCGGCUUUAUUAAAGGCAAAUCAAUCAACACCUUUCUUUCCAAGGUCUCGCUUGAUCGUAUCAAUAGCUUUCUACAAGAGACUGAGCUCCUCGAUGAAUUUGCGGACAGUCAGUCUGACGAUGACAUUGCCACUGUCUCUGCGCCUCCCUUGGACUCCGAUGUAAUCGGAUUCCGCAACGCCGCAUUCACUUGGGAAAGUAAUGCGGAUGGUACGUCCACGCCCGGUUCGUCGAGGCGGACGUUCUCUCUGCGUAUCGAGGGCGAGUUGUUCUUCAAGCUUGGCUGCGUCAAUCUCAUUGUUGGGCCUACCGGUGCUGGAAAGACAUCCAUUCUUAUGGCCUUGUUAGGAGAAAUGCACUACAUUCCGUCAGGCUCGGACUCUUUCUUUAGUCUCCCUCGCGAGGGCGGAAUCGCCUACGCUGCUCAAGAAUCGUGGGUACAAAACGAAACGAUCAGGGAUAACAUUUUAUUUGGUGCUCCUUACGAUGAGGAACGCUAUAAGAAAGUCAUCGAUCAGUGCGGCCUAAAGCGCGAUCUUGACUUGUUCGAUGCUGGAGAUCAAACUGAGGUAGGGGAAAGGGGGAUUACACUCAGUGGAGGACAGAAGGCUCGUGUUACGCUGGCCCGAGCUAUAUAUUCUCAUGCGGAGAUUAUCUUGUUGGAUGAUGUACUUGCUGCUCUUGAUGUCCAUACUGCACGCUGGAUUGUGAACAAAUGUUUGAAGGGCGACCUAGUUCGUGGUCGGACUAUACUGCUCGUGACCCACAAUCUGGCUUUAACGAGUUCCAUCGCGCAAUUCGUUGUUGAUGUGGGAUCCAACGGUCAAAUUGUGAGUCAGGGAACCAUGUCAGAAGCACUGGAACAGGACGACACGCUCGCUGCGGAACUGGCUAAAGAAACCGAAGAGCUAGAGAAAGUUAAUCAAGAGGUUGAUCAAGAGAAGGAAGCUGAUGCUCCUGGCAAGUCUGAUGGCAAGCUCGUUGUGGCAGAAGAAAUAUCCGUAGGACAUCUUGGGUGGUCAGCUCGUGCGUACCAAUUUGUAUUCAUACAAUAUCAAAUGAUGACUAAGGGAAAAUUAGUCAAGCCGUUCCUUGUUGCAUGGGGAGGGAGCCACUUCUAUGUCUACUGGAUUGUAGCAAUAUCCUGGAUGUUACUAUUCGAAUUAACCGACAACCUGCAACCUUGGUAUCUGGGGUAUUGGGCAAGACAAUAUGAGCAUCGCCCACCUGCGGAUGUCGAUGCACCUUUCUACUUAUCUAUCUACGGCGCUAUUCUGCUGACUUCUGUCGUGUGCUACUGCGUGUAUCUCGUCGUGUUCGUCUUUGGAUCGUUGAGGGCAUCACGAACGAUUCACAAGAACUUGAUGGCAACCUUAUGGUUUGACAGGACACCUGUUUCACGGGUCGUGGCCCGCUGCACCCAAGAUAUUGAUGCCGUGGAUGGAAACAUCCCGGAUUUACUGGAGACGCUUGUCGCGAUAGCCAUAUCCAUGGUCGUGAAACUCGCCGCUAUUGUUAUCAUGUCGCCUGUAUUUUUCCUCCCGGGCAUAAUCCUCGUCAUUAUGGGCAGAUGGCUCGGCAACAUUUACAUGAAGGCACAGCUGCCCGUCAAACGCGAGGGAAGCAAUGCUCGUGCGCCAGUUUUGGGUCACUUUGGUGCAGCCUUCGCAGGUCUGGUGUCCAUUCGAGCAUACGGAGCUCAAGAUGCCUUCAGAAAAGAGCUAUCAUUACGGAUUGAUCGCUGCACUAGAACGACCCGAUUAUCUUACAAUUUGAAUAGAUGGGCAUUUGUUCGCACGGAUUCCCUUGCCUCUCUGUUUUCUGCGGGUCUUGGUGCAUAUCUCGUAUAUAGCGGAAGUGCGACAGCGUCCAAUACUGGGUUCUCGUUGAGUAUGGCAGUCGGUUUUAGCGGCUACAUCUUAUUCGCCGUGCGCAUGUUUAACCAAUUUGAAGUGGCCGGCAACAGUUUGGAGCGCAUACAGCAGUAUAUGGAGAUCGAGCAGGAGGACAAACCCACUGAAAGUGGUGUCCCCCCUGCCUACUGGCCCGCAAGCGGUGACUUGAAGGUCGAAAAGCUGUCUGCACGAUACUCCUCGGAUGGGUCGCGCGUAUUGGAGAAUGUGUCUUUCGAGGUGAAAUCUGGAGAGCGCGUUGGGAUUGUGGGACGGACUGGAAGCGGCAAGAGCUCGUUGACUUUGGCUCUGUUACGGUGCAUUCUCACGGAAGGCAAAGUAUACUACGAUGGCCUCCCCACGGACGAUAUCAAUCUAGAUGCACUCAGGUCCAGCAUUACAAUCAUUCCCCAAAUUCCCGAACUUCUGAGUGGGACGUUGCGCCAGAAUCUGGAUCCGUUCGGGCAAUACGACGACGCAGUUCUCAACGACGCUCUCCAGUCUGCUGGUCUGUUCUCUGUGCAGAAUGACUCGGACGACAGUCGCAUUACUUUGGACAGCGAGAUCGCAAGCGCAGGUGGAAACCUGUCUGUAGGUCAAAGGCAAAUUCUUGCACUUGCAAGAGCGAUCCUCAGGCAGAGUAAACUGUUGAUACUGGACGAAGCAACGUCAGCCAUUGACUAUGCGACAGACGCUGCCAUCCAAGCUUCUCUUCGCAGAGAGAUGAAUAACGGCGUGACUAUCUUGGCCGUAGCGCAUCGCCUGCAAACCAUCAUGGACGCGGAUAAGAUCAUGGUUCUGGAUGCUGGCCGGAUCGUCGAGUUCGGCAAGCCCAGUGAAUUGCUUCAGAAUGAAGACGGCAUGCUCCGUGCGCUGGUGGAGGAGAGUGGGGACAAAGCCGGCUUGUUGGCCAUGGCCGCUGGUGCUACAUGA